AUGGAGGCUGAUGCUCAGCGCCCUUCCAUCGGAGGGAGGACCAGGAGACCGCUGGGUUCCCGCAUGAUGUCCAGAGCAGCGGGGGAGCAGUUCUCCAGCACCACGGUCAGCGAGGCCUCCACCGCCGUCACCUCCUCCACCGUGGACACGGCGCCAGCCUCCAAGGCCUCCCGCUCCAGUGGCAAAGUUCACAGCUUCGGAAAGAGGGAGCAGUCCAUUAAGAGGAAUCCCAAUGUCCCCGUGGUGGUCAGAGGGUGGCUCUACAAACAGGACAGCUCCGGGAUGCGUCUUUGGAAGAGGAAGUGGUUUGUCUUGGCCGAUUUCUGUCUGUUCUAUUAUAAAGACAGCAGAGAAGAAUCGGUCCUGGGCAGUAUUCCUCUGCCCAGCUAUGUCAUUUCACCCGUUGGGCUGGAGGACCACAUCAGCCGCAAGUAUGCCUUCAAGGCCAGCCACACUGGUAUGCGUUCAUACAUUUACAAGCAGAGCUCUGUGAUUGGCUCGCAGGCAGAGCACUCGGGGAUGCGGACCUAUUACUUCAGCGCUGAUACCCAAGAGGACAUGAACACCUGGCUGAGGGCCAUGAACCAGGCCACGCUCAUGCAGAGCCGCGUGGACACGCUUACCAGGCCUGCUGACAGUGCAGAGAAACGGCUGCAGCAGGCCGUCCCACAGACCACCCACCUGAACCAGCACAAGCCCCCGGCCUCAGAGUCCGGCAGCACCCGGCCCCCCCUGCACCAGGUUCUGCUGGAGCCGGUCAGCCGUGAGCCGGAGCAGCGCUGCAGCCUCCACAGAGCCCCCCCCGCCGGCCUGCUGGACCCCCCUGCAGGGGGCGCUAGCCUGGAGCUGGACACCCACGCCUCGCUGCCGUCCAACCCCCCGCCCGCCGCCCCCCCGCAGCCGGAGCCGCUGUCGGCGUCGGCGCCCGUGUCCCGGGCCCCCUCCCGCGCCGCCUCCACGCUGCCCCCCAGCGUCUGCACCAGGAACGGCCUGGUCUCCACCCCCAGCCCCAUCCUGGAGCCCAACGGCAUCGCGGCGGGGACCUACCAGCGGGCCCCCGAGCCCCCGCCCGCCGCCCCCAAACACGGGGGGAGGAGGGGGGCUCUGGAGCAGGUGGAGCAGUGGGUCAAGGUUCAGAAGGCUGAGCACAGAGGCCCCCCAUCCAGGGAGAACACCCUCCCCCGUCGUACGCCCCCCACACAGCACAAGUACACCUCCGUGGACUCCUAUCAGACCUUGCCAAAAACGCCGCGUCAGAGCCCCCCGCCGGGGCGCGUGGGCGAGUACAAGUACGCGCAGGACCGGCUCAGCCACUUCCGGCUGGGGCCGGAGCUGGGGGGCCCCGGGGCCGUGUGGCAGCUGUACGAGUGGCAGCAGCGCCACCAGUUCCGCCACGGCAGCCCCACCGCUCCGCUCUACACCCCGGCCCCCGACUACCCCUUCGGCCCCCGCCCCCCCUCCGCCGUGCCCCCCUCCUCCUCGGCGCCCAGGUCGGAGGGCUCCCCCCGCUGCGUGUCGGUGCCCCCCUCCGCUGCGGACAUCCCCCCGCCGGGGCCCCCCCCCGGCUCCAGCCGCACACUGUCGCCCGCACGCAGGCCACACACUCCGGCCGGCCGGGUGACGGUCAGGCCCGCCGGGGAGGGGUCAGCGCUGGACAUGCCCUUCACCGUCUCCCCCCGCAGGAGCAAAUCUCAGAUGUUGAAGGCUGCUACUAUUGAGAGAAGGUCAAUGCCUCCAUCUGGCUACAUCACACACACGGUCAGCGCGCCCAGCCUUCACGGCAAAACGCCGGAGGAGCUCACUCUGCUCCUCAUUCAGCUGCGCCGCCACCAGGCCAAGAUGGCCUCCGCACGCCAGCAUACCUUAACCCACCUCCAACGGCUCAAUGGUCCCAAAGAGUCCUACCACCAAAAGCACCUCUUCACUGCCACCUCGGCUAGCACCAGCCCCCUGCUCAGCGCCCAGCCUUCCCCCGUGUCCUACCUCGGACAUAUGGGCCUCUCGGCUCCACUCGGCCCAUGCAACAUUCAGGCCGAUGACACCUAUGUCCAGCUGAAGAAGGACCUGGAGUAUCUGGACUUAAAGGUAGCUGGCAGCCAGACACUGAAGGAGUCAGGGAAACCUGUCAAGGUUGCAGAAAGUGAUGUGGAUGUCAAGCUGAGCCGCUUAUGCGAGCAGGACAAGAUUCUCAAGGAUCUGGAGGCCAGGAUCAGCUCUCUGAAGGAUGACAAGGACAAGCUGGAGAGGGUGCUGGAUGUGUCCCACCAGCAGAUGGAGCAGUACCAGGAGCAGCCGGCCCAUGCCCACAAGAUCGCCUACCAGCAGAGGCUGCUGCAGGAGGAUCUGGUGACCAUCCGGGCUCAGAUAUCCCGCCUCUCCACGGAAAUGGCAAAGGCGUGGGAAGAGUACGGCCGGCUGGAGAGGUCUGUGGAGCAGCUGAGGACGGCCCUGCAGGCACACAUGGAGCACAGCGCCACCCCCCAGCAUGAAAAGUCUGAGAUGAAGCGCGAGCUGUGGAGGAUCGAGGAUGUGAUGGCCGGACUUUGUGCCAGCAAGGCCAACUACAAGAUCACCAUCGACUCGGUUCAGAACCCAGAGAGGAAACUAGUGCCUUCGGUCUCAGACUCUGCAGUGCCUUCCCACAGCGCAGAGGUCCAGCCCCCCCCCCGCAGCUCCAUCCCAAACAUCCCCCCCCACACUUUGCCUGCCAGCGCCGUGCCAAAGUGGGCAGAGGAGGACGCCCCCCCCCGCCCGCCGCUGCCCCACCUUUACGACUACGAGGACACGCCGCCCGUGGUGCCCCCCCUCCCCAAAGAGGCGUCCGUCAUCCGCCACACGUCGGUGCGAGGCCUGAAGCGGCAGUCGGACGAGAGGAAGAAGGACAGGGAGAGCGGGGCCGUGGCCAACGGAGAGCACAAGACUGACCUGAGAUCUUACCUGAGUGAGCCGGAGCUGCCAGGAAUCAGCCAGCACAGCACGGGCUCUGACCCCGACUACCAGUUUUACCCCGCCAAAGGCACCUCCUCCCGUCUGAACCAGUCCGACUCCAUCUCAUCCUACGUCACUCUGAGGAGGGUGCCGGGCAGCUCUGCAGCAAAGGAGAGACCUAAGAGUGCCUUGGAGCGUCUGUCUUCGCCCACCGAGGGCCCGCCGGCCCCGGGCAGCCAGUCCCGGGGCCGGAUGACGGCGGAGGAGCAGCUGGAGCGGAUGAAGCGCCACCAGAGGGCGCUGGUGCGCGAGCGCAAGCGGAACCUCAGCCAGGGCGAGCGCCCCUGCCUGUCCACCAGCGCGUCCCUGCGCUCCUCCUCCUCCUCCAGGCUGCCCUCCUCCGGCUCGGACGCGUCGGCGCCCGUGUUUGACUGGCGGGAGGAGAGACCAGGAGCGGAGGGUCAGAGCGAUGAAGGCCUGAGCCAGGUCAGGGAGGGGGGGAGGAGGCUGUCGGACGGGUGGGUGAAGGCCGUGGCCACCCGCGUGCACGAGGCCGACCUGGAACCCUUCGACUACGACCUGGACAUCAGCCGGGAGCUGUCCAAGCCCCAGAAGGUUCUGAUCCCAGAGCGGUACGUGGAGUCUGAUCCGGAGGAGCCGCUCAGUCCAGAGGAGCGGGAGGAACGCUCCCGCCGGGCCGAGCGCAUCAAGACCCUACUGGCCAAGUCCAGUGUCCAGAACCUUCAGCGGUCGGCGGGGCCGGGCGGGGGCGAGCUGGACGGGGUCCUGCAGCGGCAGGAGCAGAUCAUGCGUGUGUCCCACGCCCUGGCCUCCGAGGCCUCGCGCAGGAGCAAGCUGGUCGCAGCCAAAGCCGCAGCAGAGCACUGA